AUGGGUACCACCAUCCCCUUGCUGUGGUUGCUGCUCCUAAACACAGCACUGCUGGAUGCCACCUCGGAUGAACAACCUGACACCUUGCAGGAGCAUUCUUCCAAAGAAGGUGCCUCCCUGAGCCUGGUGAACGGCAAGAACCGCUGUGAAGGUCGUGUAGAGAUUUACACCAAUGGGAACUGGGGCACCGUCUGCGAUGACUACUGGGACCUGAGCGAUGCCCAGGUGGUCUGCAGGCAGCUGGAUUGUGGCUUUGCUCUUUCUGCACCAUCUGAUGCCUACUUUGGACAAGGCUCUGGCAACAUCUACCUGGAUGAUGUGUACUGCACAGGCAAUGAGUCCUCCCUCUUCCAGUGCAGGCACAACGGCUGGGGCAUCCACAACUGUGGCCACCAUGAAGAUGCUGGAGUUGUGUGCUCAGGUACCAUUGCUUGUGCCUCCCUGAGCCUGGUGAAUGGCACGAACCACUGUGAAGGUCGCGUAGAGAUUUACACCAAUGGGAGCUGGGGCACCGUCUGCGAUGACAGCUGGGACCUGAGUGAUGCCCAGGUGGUCUGCAGGCAGCUAGGAUGUGGCUUUGCUCUUUCUGCACCAUCUAAUGCCUACUUUGGACAAGGCUCUGGCAACAUCUACCUGGAUGAUGUGUACUGCACAGGCAAUGAGUCCUCCCUCUUCCAGUGCAGGCACAACGGCUGGGGCAUCCACAACUGUGGCCACCAUGAAGAUGCUGGAGUUGUGUGCUCAGGUACCCACCUGGGAAUCCCUUCUGUGUUCCCCUUCCUCACCACCCUUUACAGUUUUACCAAAUCUGAAAUAACAAAUCAAACACCGAACCGUCUCCUGCUGGUGAAUGGAAGGCACAGAUGUGAAGGUCGCGUUGAGAUCUACUACAGAGGCCAGCUGGGAACAGUCUGUGAUGAUUACUGGGACCUCUCUGCUGCCCAGGUUGUGUGCAGACAACUGAGUUGUGGCCCUGCCAUUGCAGCUCCAGGCAGCGCUUACUUUGGACAAGGCUCAGGCCCCAUCCUGCUGGACAACGUGAAGUGCAGGGGAGAUGAGAUCUCCUUGUCAGCCUGUAAUCACUCUGGCUGGAGGGUGCACAACUGUGCCCACUAUGAAGAUGCUGGUGUUGUCUGUUCAGAAAAAGAUGCUACAGAACUGACAACCUCAGCACUGGAGGAAACCUCUUUAGAGACAACCACCAUAGAACCCAGUACCACUGCAGCAGAGAGGACCACCACAGAGCAAACAACCCUCACAGAAGAGAUGACUUCCACAGUGGCUCCAGCGAGCACCACCGAAUGGCCAUCCUCGGCAGGUAACUCCUGCCCCCCGCCCCCAACCCCGAGCCAUCCCUGGCCUCGCAGCAGCCGCGCAGGCUCCCCGGGUGCCACCCGGGCAGCGCAGGGGGCCGGGCUGCAGGAGCCCUCACCCCGAGCCUGCCGCCUCACCCCAGACGGCCGCCUGCGUCUCUCCGGCGGGAGGGACGGCUGCGAGGGACGCGUGGAGCUGAGCGACGGCCGCAGCUGGGGCACGGUGUGCGACGACUCCUGGGACCUGCGGGACGCCGAGGUGGUGUGCCGGCAGCUGGGCUGCGGCCAAGCCCUGGCCGCGCCGGGCAGCGCUCGCUUCGGCCUCGGCUCCGGCUCCAUCUUGCUGGACGACGUGGAGUGCAGGGGGAACGAGAGCUCCCUGCAGCGCUGCGGGCACCGCGGCUGGGGCGUGCACAACUGCAACCACGGGGAGGACGCCGGCGUCGUCUGUGCAGGUCCCUCACCCCGAGCCUGCCGCCUCACCCCAGACGGCCGCCUGCGUCUCUCCGGCGGGGGGCACGGCUGCGAGGGACGCGUGGAGCUGAGCGACGGCCGCAGCUGGGGCACGGUGUGCGACGACUCCUGGGACCUGCGGGACGCCGAGGUGGUGUGCCGGCAGCUGGGCUGCGGCCAAGCCCUGGCCGCGCCGGGCAGCGCUCGCUUCGGCCUCGGCUCCGGCUCCAUCUUGCUGGACGACGUGGAGUGCAGGGGGAACGAGAGCUCCCUGCAGCGGUGCGGGCACCGCGGCUGGGGCGUGCACAACUGCAACCACGGGGAGGACGCCGGCGUCGUCUGUGCAGAUCCAGCAGGCACCACCACAGGCUGGACAUCUUCAACAGCUCCAAGCACAUCCACUGCUGCCCUGUUGCCAUACUCCACAGCUCCAGCGGGCACCACCGAAUGGCCAUCGUCGGAAGGUAACUCCUGCCCCCCGCCCCCAACCCCGAGCCAUCCCUGGCCUCGCAGCAGCCGCGCAGGCUCCCCGGGUGCCACCCGGGCAGCGCAGGGGGCCGGGCUGCAGGAGCCCUCACCCCGAGCCUGCCGCCUCACCCCAGACGGCCGCCUGCGUCUCUCCGGCGGGAGGGACGGCUGCGAGGGACGCGUGGAGCUGAGCGACGGCCGCAGCUGGGGCACGGUGUGCGACGACUCCUGGGACCUGCGGGACGCCGAGGUGGUGUGCCGGCAGCUGGGCUGCGGCCAAGCCCUGGCCGCGCCGGGCAGCGCUCGCUUCGGCCUCGGCUCCGGCUCCAUCUUGCUGGACGACGUGGAGUGCAGGGGGAACGAGAGCUCCCUGCAGCGCUGCGGGCACCGCGGCUGGGGCGUGCACAACUGCAACCACGGGGAGGACGCCGGCGUCGUCUGUGCAGGUGCGACUGAGCCCUCACCCCGAGCCUGCCGCCUCACCCCAGACGGCCGCCUGCGUCUCUCCGGCGGGGGGCACAGCUGCGAGGGACGCGUGGAGCUGAGCGACGGCCGCAGCUGGGGCACGGUGUGCGACGACUCCUGGGACCUGCGGGACGCCGAGGUGGUGUGCCGGCAGCUGGGCUGCGGCCAAGCCCUGGCCGCGCCGGGCAGCGCUCGCUUCGGCCUCGGCUCCGGCUCCAUCUUGCUGGACGACGUGGAGUGCAGGGGGAACGAGAGCUCCCUGCAGCGGUGCGGGCACCGCGGCUGGGGCAUGCACAACUGCAACCACGGGGAGGACGCCGGCGUCGUCUGUGCAGCACCUUAUUUUUGUGGUGGCUCGAUCUCAAAUUCCUCUGGGAUGCUGCAGAGUCCCUUCUACCCUGGGAGCUAUCCAAACAACGCUGACUGCGUGUGGGAAAUACAAGUGGAGAGCAACUUCCGCAUUGUGCUCACCUUUAGAGACAUCGCGAUGCAAGGUGGCAGUUGCCAGCAUGACUAUGUUGAGCUCUACGAUGGGCCCCUACACUCAUCCCCGCUCCUUGGGAGACUUUGCUCUGGCUCCUUCCCCACCUACACGUCCUCCUCAAACAUGAUGGCCGUUCGCUUUCACAGCAAUUCUACACACACCUUCAGAGGCUUUCAGGCCCACUACUCCUCCAUCCCAGCAGAUCACAACACCACCCUUCUGUGCUUGCCAGACUACAUGCAUGCCGUGGUGAGCAGGGAGUAUCUCCAGUCUCAGGGCUACUCGGAGCAGAUGGUCACCCUGGAGGACAGUAGCUGCAGACCAACAGUCACCCCACAUGAGGUUAUAUUCAACAUCCCCUACACCGGCUGUGGGACCACACGAGAGGACACUAACGACACAAUCAACUAUUCCAACGUGAUCAGAGCUACAUCUCCUGGCCACAUAAUCAGGAGGAGGAAGAACAUUAACUUGCACAUCAAUUGCAAAAUGCUCCAGAACACAUGGAUGCAAGUCAUGUACGUGGCUGAGGAUACUGAGGAGGUGGAUGAGAGCCAGUUUGGAAGCUACGACAUGAACAUCACCUUUUAUGAGUCCUCCUCCUUCGAGCGGCAAGUGCACGACUCUCCCUACUACAUCGACCUCAACCAGAACUUGUACCUCCAAGCUUAUCUUCACCACCCCGACCCAAAUCUGGUUGUGUUCGUGGACACCUGUGUGGCAUCACCUGAUCCUUACGAUUUUAGCACUGUGGCCUACGAUAUAAUCCGGGAUGGAUGUGCUAGAGAUCCUUCCUACACCACCCUCUACUCUCCCCAGAGCCACUUUGCUCGGUUCAAAUUCAGUGCCUUCGAGUUCCUCAGCCGCCACCCGUCAGUGUACCUGCAGUGCCGGCUGGUGGUGUGCCGGCGCUGGGACCGCUCCUCCCGCUGCUACCGGGGCUGCGUGAGCAGGGCCAGGAGAGACACCAGCCCUGCUGGGGAAAACCUCAGCGUCGUGGUUGGACCGCUUCGGCUUCGAGCAGGGGGCGCUCAGAGCAGGAGUGCUGGUAAAGGCAAAUGAAUUUCUCUGCUUUUAUGCUUCGAGAACGGCCACAGCCCUGCGGAUCUGACCUGUCCCUGAAAUCUGCUGUUGCUAACUUCACCACGAAAAAGGAAGGGAGUGCUUGG